AUGUUGCUCGUGAGCCGUAUUCCGUAUGCGCUACGCCUCUGUUUCUCGACUUCGUGGACCCGGCCUCACCAUUUGAGCUCAUUCAAGAUGACAGAUCAGGGAUCUACAUAUACAUUAGAUGAAGCACUUCUGGCCAUUGGAUUUGGGAAGUAUCAAGGAUGGAUAAUUGCUUAUGCAGGUCUUGGUUCCAUUGCUGAGGCAAUGGAGGUGAUGAUUCUUUCUUUCAUUGGUCCAUCAGUUAGGUCUGAAUGGAACCUCUCAUCUACUCAAGAGAGCCUUAUUACAACUGUGGUUUUUGCUGGUAUGCUUAUCGGGGCAUAUUCCUGGGGUGCCAUCUCUGAUAACUUUGGAAGGAGAAAAGGUCUUCUGAGUAUUGCUAUUGUGACUAGUGGAGCUUCACUUUUAAGUGCUUUCUCUCCAAACUAUAUUUCAUUGGUGAUUCUUCGUUGCAUAGGAGGCAUCGGUCUGGGUGGUGGGCCCACUUAUAAUUCUUGGUUUUUGGAGUUUGUUCCUAUUCCAAGUAGAGGAAGAUGGAUGGUUAUUUUUGCAACUUUCUGGACAAUAGGAACAAUAGUUGAGGCUUCUCUUGCUUGGAUCGUGAUGCCACGUUUUGGUUGGAGGUGGUUGCUUGCAAUAUCUUCACUUCCUGCUAUAGCUGCUCUCAUCUUUUAUAAUCUUGUCCCAGAAUCCCCAAGAUAUUUAUGUUUAAAAGGCCAAACAACUACAGCUUACAAUAUUCUGAAAAGAGCAGCAGCUGUCAACAAAAAACAACUUCCUUCUGGGAUCCUUCUUUCUGAUCAAAUCGCCUGUUUUGAUGAAGAUUUUGAUACAUUAGAGGAUGCCCAUUUGCUGUCUCCAAAAACAAACAAAAUGGUUGAUUUUAAAACAGGCUUCUCAACCCUGUGGAUGCUGUUUUCAUCAAGUUUGAUUAAAACCACGUUUUUAUUAUGGGUCGUGUUUUUUGGAAAUGCAUUUUCAUACUAUGGGAUCAUACUGCUGACCUCAGAGUUGACCAGUGGGCAAAGUCACUGUGCUUCGUUGACUUUGUCUUCUGUUAAUGGUUCUUCUGAAGAUUUUAUGUAUAGAGAUGUAUUCAUCACCAGUUUGGCAGAGCUUCCCGGACUUCUUUUUGCAGCAUUCACAGUGGACAGGAUUGGGCGCAAGCAUUCAAUGGAACUCAUGUUCUUCAUAGGCUUCAUAUUCCUUCUACCACUCCUUUCACACCAAUCUGAAAUUCUCACAACAGCUUCCUUAUUUGGAUCACGCAUGUUCAUCAUUGGAACUUUCACCAUUGCCAAUAUAUACGCACCAGAGAUAUAUCCUACUGCUGUAAGGGCAACUGGUGUUGGGGUAGCAAGCUCUGUGGGUAGAGUAGGGGGAAUGAUUUGCCCUCUUGUGGCGGUUUAUCUGGUGGCUGGUUGCCACCAAACGGCGGCAAUUGUUCUGUUUGAGGUUGUGAUUAUUCUUUCAGGUGUUUGUGUUGUGUUCUUCCCACAUGAAACCAUGGCUCGUGAAUUGGUGGAUACUGUUUCUGUCCCUGAUUCGCCUUGAGAAUUUAGUGGUCAUAAGUUAGAAGAAAGUGUAGAGGCCAUAUUCACAUUUGUUGUUUGUAAAUACACCAUUAUGCUAGUCAAUAAUGAGAUAAUAUUCCUGUAUUUCCUGAUUCACCCUUUCUUUAUAUGUAAACUUUAAGGGUGGCUUAGUUUAUAAAUACAAGGUUGUUGUAAAUAACUGAAUAAUAAAUUCUAUUGGGC